AUCGGUGACUUGUCAAGACCGAGGAGCCAGGCCAGUCCAGGUGCGGCAAGGAAAGAGGGCAGCUUGACCGCCAUAUAUAGCUGUCUGGAGGUACGCAAACUGGAACUGUAAAACUGGCAAUCGCGGCGUGGUGUGAGAUGACAGGACGUGGAGAGAUGCCGUUCCUUCCCCGGGCGGUUAAUGUUCGUCCGGAACACUAUCGCUGGUUCAGAUACGAACACAGCGAUGUCGUCCUCUGUACCGAUAUAGCGGACUGGGUGCAAUACCGUCCCUUCAACACUGUUGGUGACGUCAAGAGCUUCAUGUCCCUCAUCCCAUCUGAUGUGGAGCUCGUUGGGUAUGAGAGUGCUAGUGACGAGUGGCCCAUCGAGGCCGUCUUGGGCGACAAGUAAGGAAAGACCGUUGGAAUCGCGCGGACAUAAGGACAGGCUGUGUGUGUGUGUGUGUCGGGCCUUGUGUGUGUCUUCAGGGGCAAGACGGAGGAUGAUCCGCUCGUCGUGAGAAAACUCGUGUGGCGAACGGUGGAAGAGCAAAUCAGACUCGAGUCUCACAGUACGGUACCUACACUCCUCCAAGCUGCUGACAUGUACAUUGACACACGCCUGUGCACGUGUGUGUGUGUGACCAUCAGCGGCCCCCACGCCCAGGGAGCCCGCUCCCGCUGACACAGAAAUUGGUAGCGGUGCUCAACAGAUGCGAGUACUACGGCGAGAGGGCAGACACCGGGACCCUCCCUCCUCAAGUCCCUCAAGUGCCAGUGGCUGAGGCUCAGAGAGGCACAAAGAGCUGCGUUAUUGCGUGGGCGUGGAGUUCUGUAUGGGUGCUUUUCUCAAGGGACUUUGUUUGUGGGGCAAAGCUGGUUGAGGGACGUGCAUGGCAUGACUAUGCGUGUGAUCGUGUCCGUCUGGUCGUAGAACACGGUGGGGUGGCAUGGUGGGACUAGACGACUAACGGUGGACUAAUGGUGCAUUCGAUUUG